CGGUACCGCCGAGUACAAACUCUGCUUGAAACUGCAUAACAACGCAUCUGCAAAUCUUCUCAAAUUUGUGCUUGGACUGGUUCAGUUGCCUUGUUCACUCAGGAUGGAUGGCUUGGAAUUAAAUAUACAUCAACUCAUACUGGAAGACAUUGCCGCCAAUGUUGGGGAAUCAAAGCACAACCUUGAUGAUCCUGACGUCCUGUCUACGGUCGAUUUGGUGACAUCUAACGUGGAGACACGUGUUACAGAUGAAGCAACGGACUCCGUGAGCGGUCGGCAAGAAAGGGUGUUUAUGACUAACUCAAGAGUUCAAUGCAACAUCGGAUUCGCCGAGCUCGCUAUAAACCUCCCAGACACCCACGUCGAUCAGACAGUCCCGGUCCUUGUCGAUAUUCUAAGAGACGUUCCGUACAUCGAUUUCGAUCAAUGUCUCUUUUGGGAUGAAUGGGCUUUACCCGACCAGCUGGUCUUCGCCACGGUGUCAGCCGUCCUCCGCAUUGCUGGUGCUCAUUCAAGCUAUCGUGACAUUGCUAUGACUGCGAUAACGCACUUCAUCGAUGAGACCGUGCGCAUGUUAAGAAUUGGCGAAGCCGCUGAAGUCUUGACGCAGGUUGCGCCUGCAUUUCAUGGAUUUUAUCGCGCAAUCAUAUCCACACCAUUUGACUGGUCGCCCGCAGAAUGGUCGACUCUUGCCAGAUAUCUCAAUGCUUUGUUCGGAACUGACGUGGUGGACCGUUUAAAUCGACUAUUUGUCAAUAUUGCACCAUCUGCAACUGAAGAGGAAGACAGCGAUCAAAUUCGCUAUGUACAGACUCUGUUCACUCGCUACGUUGCACAUGGCCGACCGUUGAGUGGUUACUUCAUCAUGUGUUGUGUAACUGAAGCGCAGUGGACCAUACUCGCGCAAGCGCUGACACCUCAUCAUGUCAUGGCUGAGUCGACACAAUCACAUUUUAUUGAAGCUGCGGCCGCAAACAAAGCCUUGCAGGCGCUAUCGCGGCAUGCCAUCAACGGCUGGAGAAACGGCGAAGAAGAUUAUCGAGAUGCACUCAAAGCUACCCUCGCUCAUUCCGUGCGAUCAUUUUCUGAUUUGCUAUUGCAAGUGGAGGAAACGGAUGGUCCCAUAUCUGAGGAUAGCUAUGCGUGGGAAACCAUGUCCGAGAACUUGAAAUUGGCAGCCGUCUGUUCAUCGGCAUUGGGUGAACUUGACAGAGGGCUCUCUUCGCGGCUCAAAGUGUUGCUUGGUAUUGAAUCACCAAUGAUUGACAAUAUGGUCAGAGAAGCCGCGCUUACGUCAACUGCUAUUCUUGUCCGCAAUUUUCCCGAUAUUGCAUUGGAUAUGGCCAGCCAUAUUCGCCGCUGGGUCACAUCACCGUUGUCGAUCUUCGAAUUCGAGUUUGCGACUGGUACUAGAGCCCCUCCUCCCCUCGUCGCCGCCGCGAAGUGCCUUGCCCUGUGUAUUAACUUGGCGCCAGGAGACGACCAAGUCAUGUCCCACAUGUACUCACUCCUGAAUUAUAUUGCCGCCACUAGCAAGGAUCUUUUUGAGGGAACAAUUUCCAAUUCUUCUUCCCUGACAGAGAUCACGGAGUUGUCCACGUUACGCUCCAUCGAGAUCGGAUUGCGCGGAUUAUCGGAAGAGGAGAAGAGAACAGUCGGUAUCAGUAGUAUCUCGAUUGCGACAAGAUUAGCGCUUGAGUUCCGCUCAGAGCAGGUCACUCGACUGACGAUCUCAAUGUUGCUCCAGAGAUUGCGAUCAGCAGAGCCUACCGUCGAGGCGGCGAUUGCAUAUAAUUUGGUCGACCUUGCUCUGGUUGCCCCAGAGAAUUCAUUUGUCGACAUCAUCCGCGCAUUUUCAGCGAUCAACCGUUCUGCCAACCUGGAUGACCCGAGGUUCUCAAACAAUCAAGUGCUCGCAGCUCAGACGAGACUUGCUCAAGAGAUGUAUCGCAGGCCGGAGUUAUACGAGAUAUAUCUUGUCGAGCUUUUGACCCUUUUUGCGGAUAAAGCUGUUGCUAUUCAGAGUGUUGCUAUCUCGAACCAUCAUGUUCAAAUAGACGACAUGGUCGAACAGCUUGGAUCCAUUCUGCUUCCCAUUGAUGCUCUCUUGACUCAUGACGACUUCAAGCUACAAAUUGGCAUACCUUCGAAUGUCGUGACAUUAUUCCGAAACAUGUGGUUCCUUUGCGUUCUUUUUCGAUUCACCACCUCUGACGACCACUCGGCGAUGGAUUGGCAACGACCCGCAUUGGCUCGCAUCGCUAUGAAGACACCUCCCAUUGUUUUAGAAGAAGUCCAUGACACGAUUGUCAGCGACCUAGAGUAUAACACCGUAAUUCGUCAAGAAUAUAUUGAGAUGAUAAUUUCACAUCAUCGCCUCCUAUUAGCAAAAUACAUACCCUUGCGAAUCAGCGAGAUCCGCUCUCUGUUGCCCGGACAAAUCGUGUUUCUAUUGGCAAUGCAUGACAUGGAGAGCAUGCGUUCUGCUGGCGGGCUUCCAUCGUCGGUAGUGUCUUACUUCAUCAACAACGGGCUGAACAAGAAUACUGCGUUGAGCGCUUGUGUUGACUCGGUGGCUGAAAAGAUCAUCCAAGGAUGUAUCACUGACCUCAAUAGCCAAGCUGCCAGGCAGGCCCUUCCACGAGCACUUCCCGAGGAAUUGCGGUCGUUGCUUGUAUGCAGCACACAUCGCAUCGCCAAAGCUCGAGAUAUUGCAUCACGAUACCUGAACCGUCUAAUUACCUCGUUUCCCUCGCUCAUGUGUGACCCACCCCUGGUGUUCGCAAUAUUGGAAGUUUUGACGUUGAUGCGGCGAGCAUGCGAGAACGAGUUCAUCGACGAAGACAACCCAGUCUACGUGUACCAUUCAGAGCGAGCAAAUGUCACACUGCAACUCCCAGACAACUAUGAAGUUCGCAAUCAGAUGCUAUUUCAACUGAACAGGGAUGCCAAUAACUGGUUUGAGCUUGCCUUGAGUCGGGCUCCCGUUGAGUUGCAUUCGACUCUACAGAAAUAUCUUGCCGUCAAUCAAGUGCUAUCUGUAAGCGAAGUCUCAGAGCUAGGCGCCUCCAUUGCAUCGCAGUACGGCAAGGCGAUUGGGCCUAUCGACCGUAAACUGACGUCUCUAUCUACCUUCUCAAAUUGGAAGCUUGACCGAGCGAAGACGUUGGCCAGCCAACUUGCUUCCAAAGGGUUCUUCGCCGGUGAAGUGACAGCCUCUAGAGUUGGAUGGACAAAUGUUUCUUUGCAGCAAGCCAUGGCUACUUCCGAACCUGUUCCAUCGCAUGAGAUCGAGAAGCUGAAGAGCAAGCUUAUGGACGCCAUCCAAGAUAUUAGAGAGAAGCGGCACCCAAUGGCCGUUCAAGACCUCAAACGUCUUCUCUUCCGCUCUGCAGCUACCCUCAUAUUUGGAGAAAAGUAUGACUACGAUCUAUUGCACUAUCUUGUAGCGUUGCCUUUCGAGGCGUUUGCUUCAUCUGCCAUUUCUACCGGAAUUGAAGCGUGGUCCUGGUUGAUUGCCGAAAAACCUGAUUAUGAGGUUACUUUGAUGUCAGAGAUUGGCUCAGCGUGGAUCUCUACUAUCAAGCAUGAGAAAGGCAUGUUCUCCACAUCCCUGAAUUAUUCUGACCCAUUUAUACAUCCCAUCGAGUACAAUCCCACCGACAAGGACCUGAUCGAUCGCGCCUCCGCGAGCGCACGACGCCGUUUGGUGCCACACGUGCUCAUUCUACAAUUUCUAUUCAGCAGAAUGCAGGCUGCGCGGUACAGGAGACCUGGACUUAUGCUUCUCAUUCAACGUCUAGCAAUGUCAUCCGCUCGUGCUCAUGCAUCGAUCAGUACUCACCCUUUGGCGCGCGAAGCUCGCUUCUCGUUCUUGCUGUUCGCGUUUGAAACCAUGAAAAGCUCACACUUGGAUAUUUACUGUGAACAUCAAUUCCGGCAAUGUCUCUACACGGCUGCCUUCUCCUGGUUCAGCACGCGUCCGCAAUGGUCCUACGGGUCAAAUCGCAUUCAAAUUAAUGCUGAUAUCAAGCUGCUGUCAGAGUUUCUCAACCAUCUCCAGACGGAUUCGAUCAGAGGCAUCCAGACAAUCUCAAGCAUGAGCCCUGCGCGUUCAUCUGCUCUCGCCUCUAGAUAUCUGGCAUCUUUGAAGAACGUGAAUUUACCUCUGCGACUCUUGAUCGAGAACGAGAUAUUCCGCCUCACUGUCUGGUCGAACCCUGCCAACGAGCCAAAACGUGGUGCAGAUCAUUUGAUCUCAAUAGAGAAGACUAUGUUGGACAGCUCGUGGGUCAGAACAAUUCGAAUGGCAUGGGACAUCGAUCCUGCAAUUGCUAUAUUUCUUGCCGAACGUUUCAAUCACGCCGUAGUCGACAGUGAAGUCGCUCAGCUCGUGCGUUCCAAUACUCUGGAUGUGUUGCAUGUACCGGAAGCCUUGCGUUUCCUGUUUGGGGAGAAGCUUGAUCAGAACGUUCAACGGGAUUUGAAGUACGUGCUCUUAUGGGACCCCGUCCCGCCGAUCCUGGCAGUAAACCUUUUCGAGAGUCGCUAUAACAACGACGCGGUCCUUUUGCAAUAUGCCCAUCGAGUGCUCGAGCAACAUCCAGUCGACCUCACGUUCUUCUUCGUACCCCAAAUCGUGCAGGCAUUACGUUAUGAUGCUUUUGGAUACGUACAGCGGUUCAUUUUUGAGACCGCCAAGAUUUCGCAGCACUUCUGCCACCAGAUUAUCUGGAACAUGAAGGCUAAUUGUUACAAAGAUGAUGCUGGAGAGAUCGAGGAUCCGAUGAAGCCCCUGCUCGAUGACAUGACAGAAAGGGUUGCGCGAUCUCUUUCUGGGGAAGCAAGAGUCUUCUACGAUCGCGAGUUUAGUUUCUUCGAUGAGAUAACGUCCAUUUCAGGCAAGCUGAAGCCCUACAUUAAAAAAACGAAGCCAGAGAAGAAGGCCAAGAUCGACGAGGAGAUGGCUAAGAUCAACGUGGAAGUUGGCGUCUAUUUACCCAGUAACCCAGACGGCGUCGUUGUUGACAUUGACAAGAAAUCCGGACGCCCAUUGCAGAGUCACGCCAAGGCACCCUUCAUGGCGACUUUUAAAGUGAGGAAGGAGCGUGUGGUAGUGGAUCUGCAACCGGACAGUGUACUCGACGGCGAGAUUCAAGGGGAACACAUUGAGGAGUAUGAUAUUUGGCAACAAGCAAUCUUCAAAGUCGGGGACGACUGUCGUCAAGACGUGCUCGCUCUUCAAGUCAUCGCAAUGUUCAAGAACAUCUUCAUCAGUGUGGGCUUGAUGCUAUAUGUCUUCCCAUACAGGGUCACGGCUACUGCGCCUGGUUGUGGUGUGAUUGAUGUCGUGCCAAAUGCCACCUCUCGUGACGAGAUGGGAAGAGCGAAAGUCAAUGAUCUCAUGGACUUCUUCAUCGCCAAAUAUGGUGGCGAAGACACGAUCGAGUUCCAGAAGGCGCGCUUGAAUUUCAUCCAGUCAAUGGCAGCGUACUCUGUGGUCUGUUACAUACUGCAAGUGAAGGAUCGACACAAUGGUAACAUCAUGAUUGAUGGCGAAGGCCACAUUGUACACAUUGACUUUGGAUUCCUGUUCGACAUAGGUCCCGGAGGCGUCAAAUUUGAACCGAAUUCGUUCAAGCUCACGCACGAGAUGGUCGUUCUGAUGGGAGGGCGUUACUCGCAAGGCUAUCAGCUAUUCCAGCAGCUGACGGUCAAAGCGUUUCUUGCCAUUCGGCCCUAUGCAGAUCAACUGGUCAGCAUGGUUCGAAUGAUGCUCGACACUCAGCUCCCGUCAUUCAAGGGAGAGCCUACGAUCAAGAGGCUCAGAGAUCGCUUCGCCUUAGGAUUAAAUGAACGGCAAGCAGCUGAGUGGAUGAUGGCUAUCGUACGCAAUGCCCAUGAGAACGUCCGGAGCACUGCAUACGACGAGUUCCAGCGUUUGCAGAAUGGUGAGUCGUCGUUCGAUGGUCUGGAGCAAGCUCUGAGAGAAUGUAUAGGUAUUCCUUACAAGUAGCGGAUAUUUUGUUU